GGGGGAUAUUACGUAACCGGUGGUUGCCUAUCCUGAGCGUCAUCGUACGGGACGAGACAGGCCGAAACGGGAUCGGAUCUCUGUCUGGCCAGACCUGGCAAACACCGUCUCUCGUACUCGUAGAAAUUCAGUAUCAACCGACAUGUCUUGCGUAGCUGAUGUGAAGCUGGUUUGAAACGUGUUCUGUCUGUCCAGACCUUGCUUUUCAGUUUGCUUGUCAAUAAUUACCUUAUCGUCGCAUUGUAAACAGUACGUAAGCGUAAAUUUGAUUUAAAAACCGUGCGAGUUGCGACCGUUCGCGUUUGCACCACCACCAGAGAGCGGAAAACGUGCAGCUUCAUUUUUUCCAAAAUCCGUGUUUAUAGUGUGAUCCGUUUUUGACUAUUUGGCCGGGCUCGCCGUUUUUGGCCAGCUCCCUAAUUUGAACAUCUCGUGCAUUUUCAACGCCAAAUGUGUGUGCUUUAUCAUUUACAAUCCAAUGUGAUUUUUCAAUAAGGAGAGAGGAAUAUGAAAAUCAAUGUCACAUAAUGGUGGAAACCAUUUGAGAAUCGGGAAAAUAUCUAGACAGUUAACGAAACCGAAAAUGGUGUUGGAUAAAUUAUCAGUGCAAUGCAAUGUUUAUGCAAAUACUCAUCGAAGGAAUCGCGCUGCAAAUUGGGAUCCAACUUGCGCAAUCUGCAUUCGAUAGAUGUUCGCAUGGCACAAAGGCUUUCCCCUACGAACCCGACUUCAUACUAGAACCACAAAUCGCAGGUACAACUGAAAUUAUUCCCUUUCCAGAGUGUGAAUUUUGGACGAAGAGUUACGAACUAAAAGGGUUCUCGCUUGCGACAAUCCGCAUUAAAUGCGCCCCAGAGUGUAGUAAAAGUUGCGAUAUAUCUACUUGGCUCGGUGCGUUCACAGUGCGUGCGCUGUAUGCAGGGACGUUGGUCAAUUUUUGGACCACGGCCCCCAGUCACCAAAAGCGCCAUAGUUCCUCAGCCCUGCUGGCCGCUAUUUGCUUUAUCCUCGCUACUUUGACGAUAGCGUCAAGGUGCUAUGCGUCCAAGAACGCUGCACAUCCAUUAGCCCAAUUCUCCUCACAACCCCAACCCCCUAGUUCAGUUACUAUAAAAGAUUCCAAAUUCCAAUUACACUCUUCCAAAAUAGUAUUAAGUAGAAUAUUUAGACUCCCUUCUAAAGAUAAACAAAGUGAUACUAGAGUAAUAUUGAAAAAUUCUAAAAAUUUGUUAUCUUCUGUAAAUUUUAAAGAUUCAAAUAGAAAAAAGAGGGAAGUUGAGGUAGAUAAAACAAGUAAAUUAUAUAACACAUUUCGCAGUUACGAUGGUAAACCGCUUAGAAAUGAAAAUUCCGUUUUCUACGAUAUCGAGAUUCAAUCCUCAACGCAAUCAUACUCAAUAGAACCAUUUCGACCAGAGCCACCCCUUAUUCCAAGCAGAAAUUUAAAAAAGGGACAUUCGGUGAAUUACUUGACAGAAUCAAAUUUCGUUUCUAAGGUGACUAGUGAAAACAACAGUGCGUGUAACACGAGUGCGAAAUCUUCAUCCGUAAGUGGUACCUUAAAAAUUGUUCAUCAAGAGCACGAUCAGAACUCCGAACUUUUGGCCGAAGAGACCGAACGACCUGUUGGUGGAAUUGGCAUUCAGCGGCCCAUGCCGCCUGUUGUUGACCACAACAGUAACUCAUUUAGCACCGAAUCCGCCAUCCUGGUUUUAGUGGUGUCUGCGGUGGUGUUGACGGUGGCGCUGGGACUCGUCACGUGCGUGCUGAGCCACUAUCGCGGGGGCACGGCGGCCGACCCGCACGACGCCGGGCAUACACCGACCACUGCACCCUAGCUGCAUUCGCCGUCUGCUCGGAAUUUCUAAGCGAAUCUCUCCAGACGCCUUCUGAUUAAAGCAGUUGUUGUUCUCACAUGAAAGGGUUCGGUCUUCAUUAUUCGGAGAGGGUA